UUUAUAUCCACUCGAGCACUGGCAUUUUAAUUCGUUUUGUUCUCCAGAAACAACUUUUUUUUGUGUCGCCACCAUCCACCACCCACCGAGAAACGAACCAAGAGAAAUCAUUACCUAUAAGACGAAAUACCCUUAUCACAUUGCUCGCAAAGUUUAUCCCAAGCCAACAAAGUCUAUAAACUAUUGCAAGUCGCUCCUCUGCCAAAAGAACGUACGCCAUCUUACUUGUGAAACGAAAUUCUGGGGUCCCAAGUGUGGGAAAAGCCACGAGGGCGUGCGACUCAAAAAGUGCAUGAAGAAUAUUCUCGAUCUACACAAUACGGUGCGCACCCGGCUGAGCCAGGGACUAGCUCAUGGUCUUCCUCGAGCGAACAAACUGCCUUUGUUCGAAUGGGACGAUGAACUGGCGCUCAUGGCGAUGCGGAUCACCAAUCAAUGUAAUGAGGAAACGGCGAAUCUCUGCGUGAACACAUACCGCUUUCCUAAUGUGGCAGUGACCUCCGAUUUUGUUGAUCUCAAGAAGCACCCUGCCAAAGGCAUGUCCUUUUUUGUACAGAAUUGGUGGAACCAAUAUCGCAAAAUAUUACCCGUUCAUGUGGCUGCUUUUCCGGCUAAUGCCUCGCGAGAAAUGUGGAUGUUCGCCAACAUAGCGUACGGGAAAACCCACCUUGUGGGCUGUGGCAUGCUGGACAGUGGAUUCAAACGCUUCGUCACGUGUGUCUAUAACGAUAAAGUUGGACCGGGAAAUCGCCUUUACAAUGUCAGACCAACCGAAGUCAAUGUAUCUAACGCACAGCUAUAACCCAACAACAAUUAUUAAAUGUCUACCUUUGUGAAAA